ACACCCAAUACAACAACACACCGUCCAUCUCUCCCUCCCCCCUCUCGCACCGCCGCGCGGACACGAACACGCGAGCCACCGAACCGGGCCGAGCCCGAUCCCACCGGCGAGCCGCGGCCCCGGGGCGGGGAGGUGGAUCCAGGGGCGGGCUCCUCUUCGCCGCCGCCGAUGGACUGCUUGGGCCUCGCCGGCGCGGGUAGGUCUGAAAGCGGAGGCGGAGGAGGAGGGGGCCGGAGCGGGAGCGGGAGCGGGGGCGGGGGCGGGGGCGGGGGCGGGGGCGGUCGGGACAGCCCGUUCGCUCUCGGCGGCGGCGGUGCGUCGGCGGCGGCGUGGACCCGGCUCGUCAGCUCCGGCGUGGAGGACGAGCUGGUGGCCGCGUCGUCGGGAGGAGGAGGUGGAGGACGCGCGGGGGCGAGAGCGGGAGGGCUUCCGCAGGGCCACUUUUUGGAGGCCUGCUUCCUCUGCCGGAAGCCCCUCGCCAGCAACCGCGACAUCUUCAUGUACAGAGGUGACAUCCCGUUCUGUACCGAGGAGUGCAGGAGGGAGCAGAUCGAAAUGGACGAGGAGAUGGAGCGGAAGGAGAGCACCCCCAAGAAGGUGGCGCCGAGAGCUGCAUCCCCCAAGGACGUGGACUCCCCGCCGAGGCCUCCCAAGGCCCGGGCCGGGUCAAUCCUUGCCGGCUAACACCGUUCGUGAAGAAAAGCUCACAAACGAGCUCGCGUGUGUGCUUUGUACUCCUCCUCCCCAAAACCAAGAGAUCAGAUCGCCCUCUUUACCACCAGGAACUAUCGCUACAGUUACGUAUAUGGGUUUGUGUUUUUUGUUUAAACCCCUUGCGCCAUUGGUGGCGCCGUGACCUACUCAGUGCCUGCCUGCCCGCCUGCCUACCUUGUAUCGCUGAUGGUGUAUGGAGAUGGGAGGAGAGGAGAGCGCACUGGUGUCUAGCUAGGACUCUGCAUGCAUGCAGCUCUUUGUGCUGCUGCGUCGUUCGUUCGUUGUAUCAUGUAUGGGUGUUUCUGGCCUUCGUUUUAGGGGAUUUUUGUGAAGAAAAUCUCUAUGUGCUAGUAGUAUUAGUCGGUGAUGGUGCUAGGCUUAAGGUUUCUCCUAAUGCUGAUGAUGAAAAGUAGAAAAACAUAUGGCUACAGAAGAAAUAGACAUCUGAAUGGACCCUUGAGUUGAGUCCAUGACUUGCUCCUGUAUCAUCGUGGAUCCUGCUUUCCUUUCAUUUAAGGAUCUUCUGAUUGGCGACAA